AUGGAGUGGACCUUUCCCGCCCCCCCUCAUCCAGGCGCCCGCUUCGCCAGCUACACCCCAAACUCCAGCCAUCAUAAGAGCAGGCCGACUGCCCCAAUACUUGCUUGCUCACCUGCAGAUAUGCUCGCGGAGGAGUGCGCCUCCCUGUCCUCCUUCUCAACUGCGUCUUCUUUCCCCUCGCAGCAUCUCAGCAUUGAGAGAUCACAAGGCGCAAGCCCUACCCUUACAGGAAACCAAGAACGAGCACCUCUAAGUCCCCCCAUGACGCCGCCUUCAGGUAGCCUUCUGAGCAUUAGUGCCCCCCCGCUUAGCGCAGCUCAGGUGCCCCCCCCUUCCCCCUCCGGACCGCCUUCCGCCCCUUUUCCCGGAGCAUCGUGGAGGAACGCUCCGUCAGGUACUCCCGAAAGGCCUCUUGCAGAAACGCCACUUGGAUCUCUCACAGAGAUCUCGCCAGCGAGCCCCCUUUAUUCCUCCGCGCUGUGGAAUCCAGCAGCUGUGUUGUCGAACUACGCGGAUCUCUUCAGCUUCGUGCCUUUAGAGCCAACGAUAGUGGCAGAUAGACGCCGCGUAUUCCACAAAACACAGCUGUGCAAGCACCUGGAGAGGGGCUACUGCAGAAAUGGCACUUCCUGCCCGUUCGCGCACUCGAGAGAAGAACUCAGGCCCCCUCCCACACUCUCGAAAACGAUGAUUUGCCCCGACGUCAAAGCGGGAGGCAUUUGCCAAAGAGUCAUGAGCGGGCAAAGCUGCUCCUUUGCGCACUGUAGCCAGGAGCUCCGCCAGACAGCGAAUCACUACAAGACAAAUAUGUGCCGAUCCUUCCUUUCCGGUAAAUGCCUGAAGGCUGACAAGUGCACGCAUGCCCAUGGCGAGGUUGAGCUGCUGCUCCAUAGGCAUCGUGCCUUGCAGCUGGGUAGGAGAGACUUCGUGGGCGAAAGAGAUGCCGCCCGACCUGAACGGAAGCCUUCUCUCAGCAAGUUGCUGCAUCACAAGCAGCAGCCAGAACAGAAGGCCAAGAUGGGAGACGGGAUGGCUUUUUGGCAUGCAAUGGACCCUAGGGGAGCGCAGACAGGGGAUUUUUCAACCAACACUUUGGAUAUAGCGGCUUUGCUGCAGCUUGCCACAGAACUUAAGUCUCUGCUUCUUUCAGACUCGCGCAAAGAUGCUGUACAAUAG